GCCGUGAUUGCCGCGGCAUUGCGACAAAAGCGCCCCAAUUGCCAGUUUCCAGCGGCAAUCCACGGUUCCUGACUUGGCACAAAUUCACCUCACCCACCAUGUCAGACAUCACAUCCACACCACCCGAGAGACGAGAAGGCCGGGUCCCAGCAGCAGCAGCAGAAGUCGUCGCCGAGCAUCUGCCUGCCGGAUACACGGCCGAGUUCCAUGGCAGCGAAGAUGGACCCGCUUCUUCGGCCGCCGAUCCGGAGCGGCCCGCCGUGCCCGGAGAAUCGUCGCUGAAGCUGCAGGGAGGAGACAUUCACCGAGACCUCUUCAAAAUGGACGCUUCCGCUCGCGCCUCAAUGCACCGACGGGCGGCGACGUUCCAUGCUCCCCGGGAGUUUCAAAGGGAGAACGAUGACGGCGACGGGAUCCUGACGGUCGGCAACCAGCUUGCGCCGGGGGGAUUCCGUCGCGCGUUUCUGCGCCAGAAAAAGGGCCACGAUUUCAUGGCGGCUCGUAUGCCCAUCACAAGGAACUUUGUUGAGUUUCUGGAUUUGUACGGAAGCUUUGCCGGCGAGGAUCUUGCCGAUUCAGACGAGGAGGCCAUCACCGAAGAAGAGGAGGAGGAGGAGGAGGAGGCCCCAGAACGGAGACCGCUCCUCAGACAGCGCUCAUCAGCCCGCGCACAGCGCCCGCGAUCCGCCGGGGCCGGCACAACCAAGACCUUCUUCACCCUCAUCAAAGCAUUCGUCGGCACCGGCAUCAUGUUCUUACCCAAGGCCUUCAGCAACGGCGGCAUCCUCUUCUCGUCGCUCGCCAUGCUGGUCGUGUCUGCCCUGACCAUGGUCGCCUUCCACCUCCUGCUGCAAUGCAAGCACCACUACGGCGGCGGCUACGGCGAGAUUGGCCACGCCAUUGCGGGUUCCAAGAUGCGCACCCUCAUUCUAUUUUCCAUAGCCCUCUCCCAGCUGGGAUUUGUUUGCGCGGGGAUUGUGUUUGUGGCUGAAAAUUUGUCUACAUUCUUCACCGCCAUCACCGGCGACGGGCAAAGCCCCUUUUCCUCGGCAGGGCUUAUCGCGUUUCAGCUUGUCGUGCUUAUCCCGCUGGCCUGGAUCCGGAAUAUUGCCAGGCUUGGUUUGGUCGCGCUGCUCGCAGAUGCUUGCAUUCUUGUGGGCGUGAGCUACAUCUACUGGUUCACGAGCACAUCCCUCGCCGCGGCGGGGAUCCACCCGACGGUGGUCCUCUUCAAUCCGGAGAAGUACACCCUCACCAUCGGCGCCGCCAUUUUCACCUUUGAAGGCAUCGGGCUGAUCCUGCCGAUCGAGGACUCCAUGCUGGAACCGCAAAAGUUUGAGGGCCUGCUGGGUGUAGUCAUGCUGCUCAUCACGGCGCUGUUCACGUCGGUCGGGGCGCUGUGCUACGCCACCUUUGGCCGGACGACGCAGAUUGAGAUCAUCGACAAUUUCCCGCAGACUAGCAGGCUAGUGAAUGUGGUCCAGCUGCUGUACUCGGUCGCUGUGCUGGUUGGGACGCCGGUGCAGUUGUUCCCCGCGCUGAGGAUCAUUGAGGGCCGGGUGUUUGGGCAUCGGUCGGGGAAGAGGAGUUUGAGGACGAAGUGGGUUAAGAAUUUGUUCCGGCUUGGGGUGCUGAUUGUGUGCGCGGCGGUUUCGGCCGCCGGGACGGGCAAUCUUGAUCGUUUUGUGGCGUUGAUUGGGAGUGUGGCGUGCGUGCCGUUGGUGUAUGUUUACCCGGCGUAUUUGCAUUACAAGGGCGUUGCGAGGGCAACAUGGGUGAGGACAGGCGAUUUGGUUAUGAUGGUGCUCGGGGUGCUGUGUAUGAUUUAUACGACCGCGGUGACGGUUGCGAACAGCUUCUUAUGAGGUUGGAGAUGUGGUUGGCGUUUGGGUCGUGGAUGCGGUGCAUUAGAAGGCCCGGAAAAGGCCCAGCUGAUGCUGGCAAAAGAAUAGAUAUCACGGCAGAAUCUACCGCACAGCAUCU